AUGGGCUUCCCGGUCGGCUACUCCGAGCUUCUGCUCCCCAAGCAGCUGCUCCACCUCCUCCUCCUGCUCGGUUACCUCCGCCGCUUCCUCCUCUGGGCCUUCGACGCCGUCGGCCUCGGCGACCUGCUGGAUCUCGGGGACGAGCACCUGCCGCAGGACCACGCGCGCGCCGACCACGCCGCCGCGGCGGCGCAGCUGCUGCAGCACCGGCGGCCCGAGUUCCGGCCCGUCACGGCCAUGGUCAUCGAGGAGGUGCUCCCCGUGGUGCGGUUCGACGAGCUGGAGGCCGCGGCGUGCGUCGACGGGGACUGCGCCGUGUGCCUCAGCGGCAUCGGCGGCGGCGACGAGGUGCGGCGGCUCAGCAACUGCCGCCACGCCUUCCACCGGGGCUGCCUGGACCGCUGGAUGGAGCACGACCAGCGCACCUGCCCGCUCUGCCGCGCGCCGCUCAUCCCCGACGAGAUGGCCGGCGCGCUCUGGGCCGCCGCCGCCGGCGUGCCCGACGCCUCCGACUUCGACUUCUUCUACCUGGGCGCCGCCUCGGCGCCGGCCACCCCGACGCUGCUGCGGCCGCACGAGCUGCUGCUCACCGGCCUGGGCGGCUACCAGUGA